AUGCCUUUGUCAAAACUUGGCUGAUAACAACCUUUGCCGUCUUUGCGAGUGGGAAAUCUGAAAGCACACGUAAUUCCCAACAAGGUUAAACACACCAAAAGAGACUUCAUACUUACUAGAAGAACUGCCGUAUCGAUAGCAGGGUAGAUUAUGCAACUAUUUGCGGCGUUUUUCGGUUUUUGUUGUCAAAACCCGUUCUCGUGCUGGUCACAAGACCAAUAACACAUGUGACUAUCGUUUCCAGUCUCUUCAGAAGAGCGCUCGUGAUAAAACAUGGCGGUGCGGCGGAUUGAUCAGUGGAAGGAAUUGGAAGGAGUAUGGCUCAUUUUCUAUGCAUUAAGGUGGAAACACGAAGGAGUGUAGAUUUAUGCUGUUGACCUUUGAAAAUAAACUUCAGCUAUUUAGUAGUGUGCAUAUCACCUUAAUUCCUGGAGGGUGAAUCAGACCAAUGAAGUGUGUACUCAUCAUAAGCUCUCUACCAGAUAUUCUUUUUGUCCAUGCUGAUAAAGCUUUUAUCAAGCAUGUCAACAAACUUUCUCGUAAUGCUGGCUUCAUCAGUGAUUAUCACAAUGAAGAUGAGAUGGACAUGACUGCCUUAUCACAAAUCUUUUCUCCAAUGAUCACUUCACUAACUUACAUGAAUGAUCUGGGAAAUCCAUAUUCUUCUAUUCUGUGUGAAGAUGGCACUUUGUUCGUUUUCAAUCAGUUUGAUGACCUGGUUUUCACAGCUGUCAAUGGUGAUGGUGAAGAGUCUGAAGAAUUCUUGAAAAGGAAAUUAUCAGUGGUGUACAGGUUGGCUACUUUACACUAUGGAGCUUCUCUUGAAUUAUUAAAACCAGAAAUUUUAUCAGCACAGAAAAAGGCUUGGAAAACCUUGGGAAGUUUGAUUGACACAUUUGGGUUUUUGUCCACACAACAACAAAGCUUCUUGGUCGAGGCUGUGGAACGCUUACAUGUCAACCAGAACCUGGGUGGAAUGGCUAUAAGUUUAUUAGAAGAAGCACUAAACUUGGCAAGGACUAGAGGUGGCCAGAAUGCAGUGCAUUCAUUGAUUAUGGUGAAUACAAAGCUACUUGCACUCUAUUCCAGUCCAAAUGCCUCAGAACUCAAGUCUGCAGAUCUUCUCUUGAUAACUGUUCUACUAUAUAACAUCUUUCCACACUCUAAACAAGCUGUACCCAUAACGCUAAAUAGAACCCCACCUCCAUUAGCACACCAGGUACUUUGCAAAGGUGGACCUUCAGUAUCACACCACAUUCUAAGCAGCCCUUCUACAAAUGAGGGCUGUGCUGAACAAGAACAGCAUCCAAAAGUUGGACGUGUGCACUCUGAUCCUGUUGAUAUAAGAGCACCGCAAAGGAAGGCUGAACCUGAGGACACUGCUUAUGCAGGAUCUUCUGUUGAAGAUGAAUUGUUCUAUUCCCCUCGAUCAUCACCGAUACCUAGUGAAGGCAGGGAGGCUACUGCUCAGGAGCUUACACCAAAGAAUCCAUUAACAUUGAAAGAGCAUUUCUUCACACCGAGGGCAGACACUCCUGAUUACCUCAAGAGAAAGAUGGAUGAUGAAGAAGGAGAAGAAACUGAUGAGGAAGAACUUGAAACAGCCAGUGGUAUACAGAAUAUGGACAGAAGACAUGAAUAUUAUCGCCAACCAGUCUUCUUAAGCUCUGAUAGGUGUCCAUAUUUACCUCAUGUCCUUCACUUUGUUCGCCUUGCCACAGGGACAGUUUUGGUUCUUGUCAGUGAAACAAAACAUUGCAAUGUAGCCACGUUCAUUUACCAAGCGUUAGAAUCUUUGGCUAGUGUCAAGCCGUCUGCCAAGCAGGGCCAGCGGACGGUACCACAGGCUCAGGCCAUCAUGGAGAAACUAGAAACAAGUGUGAAAAGAGUUCUUGAAUCCAUGAGGACUCCUGUGGGGGUGGCUGUUGAGAAUCAGGUUCGAACCCUGCGCCAUCGAUGGGAGUUGGUAAAAAGAGGUGAUUUACUAGGCUUCCUCGCUGCACCAACGGGUGUUGAGAUGUCUCCGCAGCUGGAAGCAUCGGUAGCGGAAAUGGCUCGCUGUCUAAAGUCCCUCUUUAGUGUUUUAUUCUGUACCAGUCAGGGAGAGCCUUUUAUAAGUCAGCAGCUCUUAGCAACCAUCUCACAAAUCAAAGAGCUGCUUCAAACAAGGCUGGCAGACUACGAAGAUUAUCUGCUCGUCAAAGGACGUAGGAAUAUGACGAUGACUGCCCACCUUGAAGAGUUUCCAGGUCUCGUGCAUUUCAUUCAUGUGGACCGCUGUGUUGACCAAGUAACCGCGCCUACCAUCAACACAACAUCCACCAAGGUCCGGGACCCUCGCAACCCGAGCUAUGUUAUUAAACAGAAAAUUUGGGAUAUGUGGACGUAUAUACAAUCCUACUUACAACGCGGCCAUCAUUUUGUAGCUGUCCGCGACGGAGAUUUCCUGUUUACUUAUUGUUUGUGGUUCCAAGACAACAACGGGAACCCUGUUCCAGUGAAUUGCUCGUUACCAGUUGGAGUUGGCUCUUCUCCUACUGGAAUUUUGUCGAGCACUUACUUCAAGGACUUGACAAAGCGAUGCUUUCCAUCAACCCCUACAAGCUCUAUCCGUUGUUUUGAACUGAUGUGUGUCCAUGUGGGGUUGGUCCCAGUGCAGUUCGCUGUCAAACAGAUUCGGAGACUGAUAUUAAAGCUGUUCCAAAAGUCUUUGGGAUCCAGUUUUGCACUUAGCUUGAUACAAUAAUGUCAGAUAAGAGAAAGAUUCAUGUUCGUGUAUACAGCUUCCAAGUCAUCGCGACACUUUUUAUUCUUUCAAUCACUGUUCAAAUUCAAACCAGCGUAAGGUUUGGAUCAGUGGGGAAAGACAAAAUUUUUAUGUACGAAAUAAUGGUACAGUUUAGAGAGAACUCUUAAAAAAAAUAUAAAAGAAGGAGAAAAAAAAGGGGGAAAUCCACAAAAAAUUGAAAUUAAAAAAAUAGAUAAACAAUUUCCGGACUAAGGAUGCGUUCCUUUGGGAGAAUCCGGAUCAGGAUUUCUGAUCUAUGGCGUUCCUUUCGAGCAAAUCCAUUUUCAGACCAGUGAUUGAUCAGGUCCACUCUGGACAAGGAUUUAUCGAAUCACUGAUCUGCGCGAUCUGAAGACGGAUCAUUGGAUCGUUGAUCCAACAAGUUCCAUGGGGCAACGGAUCCGAAAUUAAUCAUUUUGCCCAGCGGUGCUCAAUUUCAAACAAGUAGGUACCUCAUAUAUUGACCGGAAAGAUUGUUGGUAAUCGCUCCACAAAUUCUGCGAUAAACACAAAAUACAAUCGAUUUUUUAAUGUUAAAUCGAUCGGCCACUGAUCGCAGGCAUUUAGGGUUCCCAAGUACCCAUAUUGUAAUCAUUACUUGCUAUACAAGUCAUAAGCGUGCCUCAGAGCAUCCUUAGUAACAUAGAGACGGACGUUCUCAAGUGGUUUGUCUUGUUAAGAAUACGAAACAAAUUCUUACGAGAGAUAUUUUUUGCUCUCGUUUUCUCUCAAAGGGCAGUCGAUGUAGCUAGUGGUUUGCUUGAUCCCUUGCUUUAUUGUUUCAUUGUGAUUUUUUUGUAUCUCAACAUGAUUCAUUGAUCAAGUGCGGGCUGCUGUGCGAUUAAUUUUUUGAUUCGUUUUUCAACAACUAGUGCUCAUGUGGGUCGUCAUCAGGAAGAGUACAGGGGCGGUGGCAUGAUAAUACAUAACUUCUGCAAUGUGUGCAGAAAAGCGCCCAUUUACAUCGCGUUUUUUAGGCCAGCUUUGCUCGUCCUGUGAGUAUAGAUAAAAAGUAGUUAUAGUUUCGUAAAAAGUGCUUAUUGUAAAAACCUAGCGGCUGAUAUACGGGAUACAAUAUUUAAUGUGACUUUCUUUCCACUUAGUAUUGCUUCCCAUAAUUCUGUUUUGUAAUAAAUCAAGGAAUGUCAGCAAAAUUUAAGGUAAAUGUCAAUAAAAGUCAACCGUUAUAAUUGCACGCUUCAGGUAUAUGCACUCGCCUUAUAUUUUAUGGAAUAUUAGGUAUUUACACAAUGAUUAUUUGCUGAAUCUGAUACAAUAAAUAAC